CAAUAAUAAUAUAAUAACAUGUGUAAUAAGUUAAUCUGUUUGUAUAUGUAAUAUUUGAGUUAUUUUGGAUAAUAACUGUCUCGUUUUCACUACACUGCUGUAAAUCCAGCUGAGGGACUAACAAAUGAUUAUCUCAUCUUAAUUACCACAUUCUAUAUGAUUCUAUAUUAGGCAGUUAUGGAGUCGAAAAGAAACGUUAUGACACUCACUGUCUCAAUGUGUUCCAUUGAAAAAGAUACAAAACUUAACUUUCAAUAACUGCUAAAAUAUCAGUCUUCAGUUUGUCUGUUUACACAACUGUUUGUUCAAUAAAUAAAUGAAAACAAACGGAUGCUUAAUUUUUUUUAAAUAUUAUUAAACCAACCUCACACCGAAAUCUAGUUAUUAACUGCAGCGGUGUUUUGUUUUGCAAAUCCCAAACAGGAAGUGGUCCGUCCAACCGGAAGUACACGUCACUGCCGAGCAUGAAGACAAAGUUGAACCCGAACUGAAAGCGGUUUGAAUUUAAAUCCCGUUCUUGAAAUAAUUAAAUCUUAUAUCUUUUGUACUUCUUCUUUUUUUUGGGACCCAAAAUGGCGGACGAGGCCACGCGCAGGGCCGUGUCGCAGAUCCCGCUGCAGAAGACGCACGCGGGGCCGCGGGACCGCGCUCUGUGGCCGCAGCGGCUGAAGGAGGAGUACCAGGCGCUGAUCCACUUCGUGGAGCAGAACAAGGCGGCGGACAACGACUGGUUCCGCCUCGAGUCGAACGCGGACGGCACGCGAUGGACCGGCACGUGCUGGUUCAUCCACGAGCUGCUGCGCUACGAGUUCCGGCUGGAGUUCGACGUCCCGGUGACGUACCCGGACACCGCGCCCGAGGUGGCGAUCCCGGAGCUGGACGGGAAGACCGCUAAGAUGUACCGCGGCGGCCGCAUCUGCCUCACGGACCACUUCGCGCCGCUCUGGGCCCGCAACGCGCCGCGCUUCGGGCUCGCGCACCUGAUGGCGCUGGGGCUCGGGCCCUGGCUCGCGGUGGAGGUCCCGGACCUGAUCAGCAAGGGCCAGGUGGUCCACAAGGAGCGGCAGGGCGAAGCGGCGGAGUGACGUCACCGGACGAACGCGGAAGCGAAGCUCAAUUUCGGAGUGAAACAAAUGAACAGUCUGGCGGUGACGUCAGCAGAACUUGAUGUGACUGCAGGGAAAUAAACAAUUAAUUUAAUUGUUUGUUGAGUGACGUCAUGUUGGGGAAAAACGAGAUCUUACUGGAAUUAAGUAAAAAAUAAGUGAAAGGGUAAUGGACAGAGUCAAAAUAUAUAGAAAGAUCAAAUGAUUUAUUAAUAUUUAAAUUGUCUGACUGAACUCUUCACUACAUUUAGUCUUAGACAACCUACAUAAACAGCUGAUAUUUUAUUAAAAGUAUAACAUGUAUAUUAUAUUUGUUUGGUGAAAAGCAGAAAAUGUUCUGCAGUUUGAGAAAUAGUGUUUGAAGAUAAAUUUGUUUUAUUUAAUGAAAUUAGUUUAUUUUCAAUUCCUUCUAUUCAUGCAUUAAUAUACACUUAAAUCCGUCCAGAUAACACUUGUAUUUAAACUGGUAUCUUUAAGUGAGCUGUGAUAACUUAUUUAUAUAAAAUGUUUCUAAAUUACAUUAAUGAUUUUAGUGGUCGAUUUUAUAAAAAACAAAUUCAGAUGUCAUUUCUUUUCAUAAUAAAGGACAUGUAUACAUAAACAAGAGUUUAUGGUUAUACAUGGAUAUUGCUGAAGUUGGAUUAAAUUUCAAAAUGAUUUAAAUUUA